AUGGCAGCGUGCAGUGUGGAGGAGUUGUUAGCUAAAGCCGAGAAAGAGGAGGCUGAGAAACUGAAAAGUAUCUCUGUCCAGAAAGAGCUGGACCUGGAAUUUGACAUCGGGAACCUGCUCGCUUGUGACAAAAACCGCAUCGAGUCCCGGGACUUCAGAGAAAAGAAGAAGGAGGACUUCCUUCGGUCGUUAGCGCGUGACAACACGCAGCUUCUCAUCAAUGAAAUAUGGAAGCUGCCCACUGAGAGGGUAGAAGAGGCGAUAGUAGCCAAACUGCCGGAGCCCACGACCCGGCUGCCAAGAGAGAAGCCUCCCCCGAAGCCCAAACCUCCAACUAAGUGGGAGCAGUUCGCCAAGCUGAAGGGCAUCCAGAAGAAGAAGAAGACCAAUCUGGUAUGGGAUGAAACGGCCAAGGAGUGGAGGAGGCGCUGGGGCUAUAAGAGGGCCAACGAUGAAACCAAGGACUGGCUGAUCGAGGUGCCGGAAACCACAGACCCAAAUGAGGACCAGUUUGCCAAACGCAUCAAAGCCAAGAAGGAGAGGGUGGCCAAAAACGAGUUCAACCGGCUGAAAAACAUCGCCAGAGGACAGAAGGUCAAAGUCCCCGGCGUGGGUCUGCUCCCCAAAGCCCAGCAGUCCAGAGACGAGCUGGCCAAAGCUGUGAGCGUGGCCAAAAGCUCCACGGCGUCCGUGGGGAGGUUCCAGGACCGCCUGCCCAAAGAGAAGCCCCCCAAGAACACGGGCAAGAAGAGGAAGUUCGAGCCGCUCAUCGGCGACUUUUCCAACGAGAAACAGAGGCAGCUGGAGCUUCUGAGAGUCCUGGACAGCAAGAAGCCCAAGCUGGACAUCACGAAGGCCGUGAACACGCAGAUGAGGGAGGAGGACCGAGAGGAGGCUGCGGCCAAACGGAAGAAGGGAGCAGGGAAGAAGGGGCGGAAGGCCAACACGGGAGGGAAGGGCGGAGGGAAGGCCGGAGGCAAAGGGAAAGGGGGGAAGGCAAAGGGGGGGAAAGCGGGAGGAGGAAAAGCCGGGGGAGGAAAGAGGAAAGGCAAACCUGGGAAGCGCUGA